GGUCAACCCGUCAACAGCUGUCAACCAAAAAGUGAGGUUAUGAGUAAACAACAAAUCUGAAAUGAUCCCAUUAUCAACAACAAACACCAGUCAAAUCGCUUAAACUAACAAAAAAUCAUAAUCAGUGCGCGAGAGUUUAAUAAACUCGCCUUCCUCUCAUAGUGUAUCACAGGAUGUAACAUUCCUGUUAAGUUUAAUCGUCGCAAAAUCAUUUGCAAAAAAAUGACGCGAAUUCGUUAUUUGCUGCAAGCAUUCCGGUCCCGGCGGCGUAACCGCCACUUAUCCCGCACUGAUUCCGUGUCUUUCGAGGCCUUCUGUAACGAAAUCCCGCCACAGAAGUGCCCCGCAACCAAAGAAUCAUCCCUAAAUGGCGACUUCAACUCCUCACCGCUCAAAAGAGAACGCCUGGAGGAAGAUUACGUCCGCUUCGCCCCACAGAACUGCGAAUCCACCACUUGCUCCCGUCCUAGUCUGCCGGCAAUCCUGCUGGUGCUCAUGCUUCUGGCUGUGUUUUUAGUCCUUCCCUUGGUAUAUUUGUUACAUUGUUUUGGAGUUAUUUACACUCAAGAACGCUACGAACACCCGACUUUACUCGAAAAAAUCCACCACACGCACAAAUCCAGCGAAACCAAAGUUCCUACAGCUCUGCCGCCGCCCCCGAAACCGGAUUAUGGUAAAUGCAAACUGGUCCAAGAGCGCGAUCGGUUCGAUUGCUAUCCUGAGAAUGGGGCCAAUCAGCAGGGGUGCGAGGCCAGGGGCUGCUGCUGGAUCCCGGCGAAAAAGAAGCCGAAAAUGGGGGUGCCCCUGGCCACCCCUUACUGUUUCUAUCCCUCCAAUUACGGGACCUAUAAUUACGUAAAUGUGACGCAGACGGCCUACGGUCUGGAGGCGUUUUUGAAAAGGGGGUACGCAACGGCCUAUCCUGGAGAUGUUGAAAUUAUUAAACUUAGUGCCAAGUUUGAGACGGAAACGAGGCUGCAUAUUAAGAUUUCAGAUCCGCUGAAAAACAGGUUUGAACCCCCUUUUCCUGAAGUUCCUAUCGUCGAUAAAGCGGCCAUGAAUUUGAGUUACCUGUUUUAUAUUGACUCGACUAAGCCCGGUUUUCGGGUGGUAAGACGCUCAGAUAAUACCAUAAUCUUUGACGCAUUAAGUUUGCCAAAUUUAAUUUUUUCUGAUCAGUUUUUACAACUGAGCGGUAAGUUACCGUCUAAUUAUAUUUACGGAAUUGGAGAACACCGCACUCGUUUAUUGUUAUCGACCCAAUGGUCCAGAUUCACGUUAUUCAACCAUGACGCAAUACCAUCUUUUGAAAAAAAUUUAUACGGCAGUCAUCCUUUUUAUCUAAUUAUGGAAAACUCGACUAAAAGCCACGGUUUUUACCUCCAAAACUCCAACGCUAUGGAUGUUAUUCUCCAACCCACCCCCGCUAUAACAUUCCGACCAAUCGGCGGUGUCCUAGACUUCUAUUUUUUCCUUGGCCCCACCCCCAGUGACGUAAUCAGCCAAUACACGGAUUUGAUUGGGCGGCCGUUCAUGCCGCCAUAUUGGGGGUUGGGCUUUCAUUUAUGUCGGUUCGGUUACAAAACUUUGAACCGAACUAAACUCGUGAUGCAACGUAACAUCGAUGCCGGGAUUCCAUUGGACACACAAUGGAACGAUUUGGACUACAUGAAAAGUAGCAACGAUUUUACUUACGAUUCCGUCAAUUUCAAAGGUUUGCCUCAGUUUGUUAAAGAUUUACAUUUGAAAGGGAUGCAUUAUAUACCGUUGAUUGACGCGGGGGUUAGUGGGAGUGAGCCUCCAGGGUCGUACCCCCCAUUUGACGAAGGCCUCAAAAUGGAUAUUUUUGUAAAAAAUUCGAGUGGAAAAAUUUUUAUUGGGAAAGUUUGGAAUAACAAAACUACAGUUUGGCCCGACUUUACACAUCCUACGACUGUGGACUAUUGGACAAUGAUGCUGAAGUCGCUCCAUGAUAUUGUACCCUUCGAUGGGGCCUGGAUUGACAUGAAUGAACCUUCGAAUUUCCUCUCGGGCUCGUUUAAUGGGUGCCCCAAGACUAGUCUAGACAGCCCCCCUUACUUGCCAAGUGUCGACGGUGGCGCCCUCAAUUACAAAACAAUGUGCAUGUCGGCGAAACACUACGCUGGGUUGCACUACAACGUGCACAAUUUGUUUGGUUUCACCGAGGCAAUCGUUACAAGUUUCGCCAUGUCUGACAUUCGGGGGCGCCGCCCUAUGGUCAUAUCCCGCUCGACCUUCGCCGGCCAUGGCCACUAUGCCGGUCACUGGAGCGGUGACGUCGUCUCUGAUUGGCUAGACAUGAGAUACACCAUUCCACAAUUAUUAAGUUUCAGCCUUUUCGGAGUCCCUUUAAUGGGGGCCGACAUUUGUGGCUUCAACGGCAACACCACUAGGAGUUUGUGUAACCGGUGGACCCAACUGGGGGCUUUUUAUCCCUUUUCGCGGAACCACAACACGGACGAUGGCAUUGAUCAAGACCCGGUCGCCAUGGGCCCCGAAGUGGUCAUGUCGGCCCGCAAGGCCCUCUCGAUGCGCUACAAACUGCUCCCCUACUUGUACACUUUGUUCUGGGCGGCGCACACUAGAGGCGACACCGUCGCGCGUCCCCUAUUUUUUGAAUUUCCAACCGAUUUGAAAACUUACGAUAUCGAUACGCAAUUUUUGUGGGGCCCUGCUUUGAUGAUUGUUCCCGUUUUAGAGGAGAAUUCGACCGAAGUCACGGCCUACUUGCCGGAAGGGUUGUGGUACGAUAUUUACACCAAAUCACCAAUUGCAGGCCAAGGCCAAAGUGUGAAUCUCUCAGCCCCCUUGGAUACGAUCCCGGUUUUGUUACGAGGGGGCUAUAUCUUGCCAACGCAAGCCCCUGAACAGACCACAACCCGCUCGCGGUUAAACCGAAUUGAGAUCGUAGCAGCCGGCGAUGAACAAAUGAAUGCGUUUGGGGAGUUUUAUUGGGAUGAUGGCGAUUCGUUGAAUUCCUACGAGGAAAAACAAUACACUUUGAUUGAUUUUUGGAUGGAGAGGGGGGUCCUAAGAAGCGAGAAUAUCUUUUGGAGUGGGACAGAAAACCCCCCAAAUUUGGGCGCAGUGACUAUCGUUGGUAUUACUGAUUCGGUCGAGGAGGUUUUGGUGAAUAAUGUGGCGCAAGCUUUCCGUUACGACACUAUCCAUAAGUAUUUGUUGAUUGAAAAUCUGAAUGUUGAAUUACAGAAACCUGUAGUCGUUACAUGGAAAUAAGUGUUUCUGGUACACAAUUUGCCAAAGAAUUACGCGCUGUUGUAUUAGUGUUAUUUUAAGGCUGUUUUUUCAAAUUGACUGAUGUUAGGGUUAGAUAUUGCUUGGAUGUAAUUGCCGUUUUACCUUUCGAAAAUAAACAAUAAAUAAGUAAAUAAAGAUAUCAAGUUGA